AGGGACGAGGUUUCCCGUUGAAUAAUAAUCUUAUUUCAUUUCUUUCCUGCGUAUUCGUUUCGAAAUAUAAAAUAAAAAACAUCUAUGGGUAACUAUUUGGAGAAAGAGCAACCCCCACCGCCACCGCCACCGCCGGUGGUGGUGGUGCCGCCUCUCUUCGACUUUCCUCCUCUUGCUGUCCGUACCAGGAUGCUAGAGUCAUCGUAUAAUUUGUUGUUUGGGAAGCUCGCACUAAAAUGUCUUUUCGAUGAUUACUUUGAAGACGCUAGGCAUUUUAGCACAAGAAUCAUGCUAAAGCCAAUUGAUGAUCCUCAUGCAGACUUGGUUGCCACUGUUUCAGGUCCUUUUGACCACAAGCCCGACGACAAUAUUGUAGGAAAUGCAGAAUUCCGUUGGCAAAGCAAUGUCAAUGAUCCACAUACAUUCACAGAUCUUUUUGUAUCAAACUCUGACCCGAUUUUACGGUUGAGAUCAUGUGCUUACUACCCUAAAUAUGGAUUUGGAGCAUUUGGCAUCUUCCCGCUGCUCUUAAAAAGCAGAGAUUCUUCUGGAAAUCAAGGUUUAAUGGGAUUAAGAUAUGGAUCGACAAAUCUAUCGUUUGGAACUACAUUCCUGCCUUUGCUUGUAGGAGAUGAUAUCCCUAAAAGUGCAUGGUUGAUAAGAAGAAUAGGAAGAUUAACAGCUGGAGUGCAGUAUGAGCCACAAAUUGGAACAAAGGGUGCAGAAAAAUAUAAUGAUUUAGCAAAUUGGAGUUAUGCUAUUGGCUAUGGAGUUGGAUCAGGAAGCCCCUUGAGUCCAUCGUUUAAUUUUUGCCUUGAACUCGCAAAAGGUUCUGAGUUUAUUGCCUCGUUUUAUCAACACGUGGUUGUCCAAAGACGGGUGAAGACUUCCCUUGAAGAAUAUGGAGCUUUUGGUAUUACAAAUUAUAUCGACUUUGGGUUUGAGCUAAAAACAAGUGUUAACAAUGACAAAGCUAAGAGUACUAUGCAUGAUUCGACCUUUCAAGUGGCUGCAUCUUGGCAAGUCAACAAAAACUUCCUAUUAAAGGGAAAGACAGGGCCUCUCAGUUCUUCCUUAGCAUUAGCUUUUAAAUCAUGGUGGAAACCUGCCUUCACUCUCAGUCUUUCAGCUAAAAGAGACCGUGCUGAUGGGAAAAUAGCCUUUGGAUUUGGGAUCGUCGUCGACAGUGUUAGAGAAGCUAGUUACCAUAGGGCUGAUCCCAAUUUUGUAAUGCUGAAGCCAAACAAAGAGCAUCUAGCAGAGGGCAUCCAAUGGAAAAUAGGGGAAAGACCAUUGUUUGAAUCAGAUCUUAAGUCGGGGAAAUUUGAUGGAAUACCAAAAGAAUUAAGACCAUUGGAUAAAAUCAUGUAGAGACAGGCUGAUCCUUAUCGUUUCUACUUCUAGGCCGUAAAGAUGAACAUUUUUAAAUUACUGGAAUAUGAUCUAUGAUCCACUCUCUUUUCCUCAUAGUGAUGGUGAUUGGAGGUGCUUUCAUGAACCAAGCUCAUCAAUGAUGUUUGAGCACAAUAUGGUUGAUCUCCAACCAGGCCUGAGUUUUUUUGCAAUGUUAUUCAUAGUACACUGUACAUAUAAGUUUCUUAUCAUUUUUUUUCAUCUUUUACCUUCUGUUGUCCAAGAUAUAUGAUCAGAUCAUAUCAAUACACAUGUAUUUGGAAUCUGCGAUAUGUUCCUUCAGAAUUUUAGUGACCCGGAUACGCCUGAUAUGUUUGGUUUUA